AUGCCCCUACACUGUGUCCCUACACUGUGCCCCUACACUGUGUCCCUACACUGUGUCCCUACACUGUGUCCCUACACUAUGCCCCUACACUGUGUCCCUACACUAUGCCCCUACACUGUGUCCCUACACUGUGUCCCUACACUAUGCCCCUACACUGUGUCCCUACACUAUGCCCCUACACUGUGUCCCUACACUAUGCCCCUACACUGUGUCCCUACACUGUGUCCCUUCACUGUGUCCCUACACUGUGUCCCUUCACUGUGUCCCUACACUGUGUCCCUUCACUGUGUCCCUACACUGUGUCCCUUCACUGUGUCCCUACACUGUGUCCCUACACUGUGUCCCUACACUGUGUCCCUUCACUGUGUCCCUACACUGUGUCCCUACACUGUGUCCCUUCACUGUGUCCCUACACUGUGUCCCUUCACUGUGUCCCUACACUGUGUCCCUUCACUGUGUCCCUACACUGUGUCCCUACACUGUGUCCCUAAACUGUGUCCCUACACUGUGUCCCUUCACUGUGUCCCUACACUGUGUCCCUUCACUGUGUCCCUACACUGUGUCCCUACACUGUGUCCCUUCACUGUGUCCCUUCACUGUGUCCCUACACUGUGUCCCUUCACUGUGUCCCUACACUGUGUCCCUUCACUGUGUCCCUACACUGUGUCCCUACACUGUGUCCCUACACUGUGUCCCUUCACUGUGUCCCUUCACUGUGUCCCUACACUGUGCCCCUACACUGUGCCCCUACACUGUGCUCCUACACUGUGUCCCUACACUGUGUCCCUACACUGUGUCCCUUCACUGUGUCCCUUCACUGUGUCCCUACACUGUGUCCCUACACUGUGUCCCUUCACUGUGUCCCUACACUGUGUCCCUACACUGUGUCCCUUCACUGUGUCCCUACACUGUGUCCCUUCACUGUGUCCCUACACUGUGUCCCUUCACUGUGUCCCUACACUGUGUCCCUACACUGUGUCCCUUCACUGUGUCCCUACACUGUGUCCCUACACUGUGCCCCUACACUGUGUUCCUACACUGUGUCCCUUCACUGUGUCCCUACACUGUGUCCCUUCACUGUGUCCCUACACUGUGCCCCUACACUGUGUUCCUACACUGUGUCCCUUCACUGUGUCCCUUCACUGUGUCCCUACACUGUGUCCCUACACUGUGUCCCUUCACUGUGUCCCUUCACUGUGUCCCUACACUGUGUCCCUACACUGUGUCCCUACACUGUGUCCCUUCACUGUGUCCCUACACUGUGCCCCUACACUGUGUCCCUACACUGUGUCCCUACACUGUGUUCCUAUGGAUAAAUGGAUAUGGAAUGGAUAA